AUGAUUAUUGUCUCAUACAACAUCAAAGGGGGAGGAAGCCUAAUCAAGAGGAGAAGGAUUAGGUACACUUUGGCAUCAGGUAAAACUGAUAUUUGUCUGAUCAAAGAGUCUAAGUUUAAUGUUUUAGAUAGUUCUAAGAUUUUUAGUUUUGGGUAUGUUAAAGAUGUUUGUUGGUCUGGAAAUCCUUCUUUGGAUCUGUCUUGA